AUGCGCAGGCCGUCGGAGUACAGCACCGCCGAAGAGCUGCGGGCGUGGCCCAUCAAGCAGCUCGUGGCGGAGCUGCGGCUCGCCCGCGCUCGCGCGCCCCGCAGCCGGGUCGGCCUCGACGCGCAACCUCCGCUGGACAAGGAGGAGCUGGUGGAGGCGGUGCUGCUCGCGCGCGGCGGCGAGGCCGCCCACGCGUGCGCCAUCUGCGUCGAGGACUUUGAGAGCGGAGAUACGCUGCGUGUGCUGCGAUGCGGCCACCGCUUCCACCUCGAGUGCGUCGACCGCUGGCUGCUGGACGCGGAGCGACAGUGCCUCUGCCCGAUGUGCAAGGCGCCCCUCGCCAGCUGA